AUGGCUAUACACCCAGUCUACCCAGGCCUCACGGUACAGGUCACUGUCAACGACCAGCCACUCCCCGAAUACGACGAUGAAGACGCUACUACCGAUCCAAAGGUCGUCACAAAAUACCUUGAAGCGCAGUCCGGUACGGAGUUUGCGAUCAAGUACACCUUCGCGGAGCCUUUCCCCUCCAGCAAAGAUGUUGGUGUAUUCAUCUAUGUUAACGACAAGCUAUGCAAUGCGAGUCUCAUAAGAAGAGUAAAAUUGUUUGAUCCAAGCGGUCAUACAAAAACGGGCGUCAGGACCCAAACAGAUAACGGCUGGGUACUGCACCAUUUUCGCUUCGACGAUCUGGUCAUGUCCGAACAAGAAGAUUUUGAAGUCAAUGAAGAGUCCAUGCAGAAUUUCAAAUCACUUGGAGUUCUGGAGAUUGACUUUGAAUUUGGCACAAGUGGAAUAAGAAAGAUUGCGAAGUCGCACACAAUCCAGGGCUACGACACAGUGCCUGAGAGUGCAGUGAAAGGUGACGCGAAGUCACUCAAAGUUGGGACAGGCACGCAGAAGAAGAUCAAUGGUCCAAUAUCUCGAAAAUGGAAGGGUGAUGGCAUGUUUGCCUCAUUCGCUUAUCAAUACCGUUCGCGAGCAAACCUCGAGGCUCUUCACAUCAUACCUUGCGCUUCGAGCUCAACACCAGACCCGAACAAAAAGCCCGCCGUUGCUUUGUUAGAACCUCAACCCCGUAGCUCGACUCCUGUUCCUCAAGGAAACAUCAUCGACGCCACUCCAACACCACAAAACCUCGCCGCUCACUCCGAUAUGCCACCAAGACGUCACUUAGAUAUUGCGGCAGCAGAUCAUCAGGAGCAUAUAACUAGUGCCACACCGCCAUCACGACAGCACAAUUUCACGCCCUUUCCUAUUGUCUCACCAAAACCAGAACUGCGCGACUCAACACCAGCUCGCGAAACGAGUGUCACCAUAGCCGAACAAGCACCCCGAGAGCGAACCUUCGCCCCUCCCAUCCACAAUGAUCAAGAUGGUCUUACCGACGAAGACGUGAUCGCUCUCAUCAAGCACCACCGAGGAAACGGUCACGGUCUGGCGGGUCAGAGUCGAAAGCGAUUGCUCGUUCUACUCAAGUAUUAUGAGGAGAAAGACAUAGACAACAUAUCCGUCAAGCACGAACAUGCUAUCCGUGGCAGCAGCGUGGCUCAGAUCAAGCGCGAGCACGAUGAUGAUGUUGUGGUACUCAAGAGCAGGAAGCGUCAGAAGGAGACCAUUGUCUUGGACGACGACUGA